AUGAGAGGCGAGGUUUGCCAUAUCCACAUCGGCCAGGCUGGUACCCAGCUUGGUAACAGUGCCUGGGAGCUGUACCUACUCGAGCAUGGUCUCAAGGCGGACGGUCGUCUUGAUGCUGAGGUAGCCGAAGAACGUAAUCAAGGGGGUUCAUUCGAAACCUUCUUCACCGAGACCAGCGGCGGCAAAUAUGUCCCUCGUUCCCUCUUUGUCGAUCUGGACCCUUCGCCCAUCGAUGAGAUCCGCACUGGAAAUUACCGCCAGCUCUUCCACCCCGAGCUUUUGAUUAGCGGAAAGGAAGAUGCGGCCAACAACUAUGCGCGUGGCCACUAUACUGUCGGCAAGGAACUUGUGGAUGAAGUCGUUGAUCGUGUUCGUCGCGUUGCAGACAACUGCUCUUCCCUGCAGGGUUUCUUGAUCUUCCACUCGUUUGGUGGUGGUACUGGCUCUGGUUUUGGUGCCCUACUUCUCGAGCGACUCUCGGCUGAGUAUGGCAAGAAAUCCAAGCUGGAGUUCGCCAUCUAUCCCUCGCCCUGCGUGUCGACCGCCGUGGUCGAGCCCUACAACGCCGUCCUGGCCACACACAGCACCAUCGAGAACUCGGAUUGUACGUUCCUGGUCGACAAUGAAGCUGUCUAUGACAUUUGCCGCCGCAACCUGGAUAUUCCCCGCCCCGACUACGAGCACCUGAACCGUCUCAUUGCCCAGGUCGUCAGCUCCAUCACUUCCAGUCUUCGCUUCGAUGGUGCGCUUAAUGUCGACUUGACCGAGUUCCAAACCAAUCUGGUGCCUUUCCCUCGUAUCCACUAUCCGCUGAUCUCGUACGCGCCCGUUGUCUCCAGCAACCGCAGCUCCCACGAGAGCUUCCGAGUGCAGGACCUCACUUUCCAGUGCUUUGAACCCAACAACCAGAUGGUCGUCUGCGAUCCUCGUAACGGCAAGUACAUGGCUGUCGCGCUUCUGUAUCGUGGUGAUGUUGUGCCCCGCGACUGCACCCAGGCCGUCGCCGCUCUCAAAGCCAAGGCCUCAUUCAACCUGGUCGAAUGGUGUCCCACCGGCUUCAAGCUGGGUAUCAACUACCAGAAACCAGUUCGCGUUCCUGGCAGCGAGCUUGCCCCAGUUGACCGCUCCGUCAGCAUGCUAUCCAACACCACGUCGAUUGCGGAGGCCUGGGGCCGUCUUGACCACAAGUUCGACCUCAUGUACUCGAAGCGUGCGUUUGUGCACUGGUAUGUGGGUGAAGGUAUGGAGGAAGGCGAGUUCUCCGAGGCUCGUGAGGAUCUCGCUGCCCUGGAGAAGGACUACGAGGAGGUCGCCAACGAUAGCAUUGAGGCUGAGGAAGAAGGAGCCGAGUACUAG